UUUUAUUUCAUAUACCCUACCACUCGUACUUAUUUCAUAAACAAAUAUAUUUAUUUCCACUUGUUCUCAUAACUAUUUGAGUUUAUUCUUACUGACUUAUUUUACCUAUAAUUUCAGCAUACAGAAAUAAAUAUUAGGUAUUCAUGAAACAAGCAACUAAGCAAAAACAGCUUAUUGAUACAAAUUUUAUUUAAGUACUUAUUUUAAAUUCUGUUGGUAUGUAGGUCUUAGGUAGGUGGGGGAGGGGAGGUAACGUGCCAUGUGCAGUCAAAUACGAUUUACAGGCGAACUGCGGCGGUUGUUGACAUUAUAGUUACUACGAAGUUAUUUCAAAAAUGUCCCUAUCGAUCCUAGACGACACUCAUGACCCCAAUGAUCCCUAUUACUACGCCCAAAAUAUGUUGGAAGGAUUAGAUAGUGACGUUGAACUGGUAAGACCAGUUCCACAGCCGCAGAACAUUGUGAAAAAACGAUUGAAGACCUCAAGGAAAAGAACGGCUAAGGAAAUGAUGACAUCAUCCUUUGUAAAAUGCAACACGAUGCGAAAGGGUAAUAGGGUCAUUAAGAUUGAGGUGUAUGAUCUCAACGAGUGCCAGGACACAACCAGUGAAAGUGCUGUAGUGAGUUGUCAGUGGGUUUGUGAAGAUCCUAUGGACGAAAUAUUGGACUUAACUGAAAAUUUAAUUAAAAAAAUAACAAAAAAAAUGUGUGAUAAUAAUUUUUAAAAAUAAUAUUUUAAGUAAUUAGGUAUUUCUUAGUUUUUUAAUAU